GUGAGUGCACUGGGUAUGUAUCUGGCCUGCAACCCGCGCAAAAAAAUCGGGACCGUUGUACCCAGGUUCCGACCCCAAAACUCGAUUCGGCAAGGCGAUGGGCGGUCGUCUGAAAAAAGCAGGACUGGUAAAAGCUAUGGAACUCACUCAUACUGGAUUGGAGAUCGGGUUUUAGGACGCGUGGUUGCUGAUCUACCUGCAAAUGCUUCUAAGUUCGCUGGGCUGACUCCGCAUUUUAUUGAUAAUUCU